AGAGUAGGACAUUGUCUGGCAAAUUAUUAAUUUUAUAUUAUAUAAUUAUUAAUUUUAAACUUUAAGAUAACUUUAAGUACUUUAUUUAAAAUUUAUACGAUAAUAGAUAUCGUAGUAUUAAGUAUUUUUCAGUCACAAGUUCUUAUAAGGAACAGUAAACAUGGAUGAAUUAUUAAAUGAUAACCGAUUUGCUCAUAUUGCAAGGGAUCCUAAAUUUAAAAGGAUCCCAAAAGCAGAAAGGAAAGUGAAAAUAGAUAAAAGAUUUCAAAGUAUGUUUAAGGAUAAAAAAUUUACAGUUCAAUAUACCAUUGACAAACGUGGUAGACCUGUAAAUCAGACAUCGUUUGAAAAUCUUAGAAAAUAUUAUGAUUUAUCUAGCAGUGAAGAAGAAGAAGAUAGAGAAAAAGAACUUGAAAAACCUAAACAAGAAGAAAAGAAACUUAAAAGAAAGAAGCUUAAAAAGACAAAAAAUAAAAAGAAUGAAGUUCUUCGAUCAAAAAAAAGUGAUUCAGAAGAUGAUGUAAAUAAAAAUGCGGAUACUGAUUCAUCAAAUAAUAAUUGUUUUUCAAGUAAUGGGGAGUUACUUAGACUUAAACCAAAAAAAGAAAAUGAUGUAAAUUCUGAGGAACAGAGUAACACAGAAUUUGACUCUGAAUCUGAAUCAGAUAUAGAUGAUGCAACCAAUGCAAGAAACUUAGAAAUAGAUUUGGAAGAAAGUAAAAGGCAACUGGAUAAUAGAAGCAAACAUAAAUCUGAAAAGCUUACAGAUAAAGUGAAAGAAAAGUUAAAAGAUUUAACUGUGAAUUAUGCCAGAGGUGAAGGAAUUUUGAUGACAGACAGCUCUUCUGAUGAAGAAAGUUCUGAGAUUUCUGAUGAACAAGAUAUUGAACAUAAUUGGGGUGAAUUAGACAAAGAGGCUGAAACAACAGAUGAAAUUACACAUAGAUUGGCAGCUUGUAAUAUGGACUGGGAUAGAAUACGUGCUGUAGAUUUAAUGGUUUUAUUUAACUCUUUCUUGCCUCCUGGUGGCUUUAUUUGCUCAGUUACUAUUUAUCCAUCAGAAUUUGGACUACAGCGGAUGAAAGAGGAAGAAAUUAAAGGUCCAAAAGAAUUAACAGAGAUAAGUAAGGAAAAGGAAAACGAAAAUGGAAGUGAUGACGAGGAAGGGUCAGCAUAUCACAUGGAAAAAUUAAGACAAUAUCAACUAAAUAGAUUAAAAUAUUAUUAUGCUGUCGUUGAUUUUGAUUCUGCUGAAACAGCAAAUAAAAUUUACACUGAAUGCGAUGGUAUAGAAUAUGAAUCUACAGCAACAAAAUUGGAUCUUAGAUUCAUACCAGAUGAUAUGAAAUUUGACCAGACUCCUAGAGAGGUAUGUGAUAAACUGCCGGAGCUUACAAAGUAUCAACCAAGACAGUUCAUAACUACAGCUUUGCAACAAGCUAAGGUACAGUUAACUUGGGAUGAAACAAACCCUGAAAGAACCGAGAUUGCACAGAAACUGAGUUCUGGAAAACUGAAUGAAAUUAAUGAAAACGACUUACAAGGUUAUUUAGCAACUGAGUCAAGUGACAAUGAAUCAGAAAAAGAAGAACAAAAAGAAUCUCAAGAGGAUAGAAGCGACUCGGAAGCGGAAAGAAAUACCGAUCCAGUUGAGAAGUAUAAAGCUUUAUUGAAAGAGAUAGAAGAGAAAGAAGAAGCAAAACAGAAAAAGGACGUUGAGCUAGAAUUUACUUGGGGUUUGGGCGCAAAGGAAAAAGCUGAGAAACUGGUACAAGAAAGAUUAAAGAAAGAUCAAAACCUCACGCCAUUUGAGCAAUAUUUAGAAAAACGGAAAGAGAAGAAAAAAGCUAAACGAGAGGAACGGAAGAAACAUAAAAAUGUAAAUAAAGAUACAUUGGACUCUGAAGGUUCAGAAAUGCUUGAUUCAGAUAAUGAAAUUGGAAAUAAUAAAUUAUCUUACAAAAAGAAAAACAGUAUGGAAAAUGAUAGCCUUGCUUCAUCAGAUAGCGAAGACGAAAAAAAACGUAAAGCUGAAUUAGAACUUUUAUUAAUGGAUGAAAAUGAAGAUAACAAACAACAUUUCAAUAUGAAGAAGAUCGAAGAAAAUGCCACAAUGACAAAGUCUAAACAAAAACGAUUGAGUAAGAAGAAAAAUAGACAAGACCAAAUAGUAGAAGAUAACUUUGAAGUAAAUGUACAAGAUGCAAGAUUCAAUGCGUUGUUCACAUCGCAUCAUUUCAAUAUCGACCCAGCAGACCCACAUUACAGGAAGACUAAAGGUACUGAAGCUCUAAUAAAAGAAAAAUUGAAAAGAAGAGCUGAUAACGAGUUUAAUGAAGAAAUACCUGUUAAAGAAUCAAAACUGAACUCUAAUACGGAAUUGCAGUCAUUAAUUAAAUCCGUGAAGAAAAAUGCUAAAAAUAUUUCAAGACCUAUAAAAUAAUUCCUUUUAUAUAUAAUGUCAUAUGUUUUUAAUAAAACGUUUGUAAAUACAU